UUGAGCCAGCUCUCGUCGGUCCCUCUUCAGAUGCUGCUGUAUCUCAGUGGGACGUGGUGCUGCCUGUAUUUCCUGGCCACACUCCUGAUGAUGACGUACAAAAGUCAGGUUUUUAGUUAUCCUCGUGACUAUCUGGUCCUCGACCUGACUCUUCUCCUUCUGAUGGGGAUUCUGGAAGCAACUCGGUUAUACUUUGGCACCAAGGGCAACCUGAUGGAGGCCGAGGUGCCGCUGGCCGCCAGCCUGGUCCUCACGGCGGGCAGCGCCCUGCUGUCCCUCUACUUCCUGCUCUGGCAGACCCUGGUGCUGUGGGCAGACUUGGUCCUCAGCGCCACGCUCCUGGCCCUCCACAGCCUGGAGGCCGUCCUGCAGGUAGUGGCCAUCGCCAGCUUCGUCAGCUAGACGGGCAGUGCCCAGCCCCAGGACAGGCCUGGACAGGAGCCCCCUCCUUGGAGCCCAGCCGUGCCGCAGCCAUCCCCUCCCACAGUGCAGGACGGGAAAGGCGUUUUCCUCCUGAUUUGCCAUCAUGUUAUAGGGUGGGAGGGUCUGGAGUGGUUUGUGAAUCUUCUUGGUGGAGGAGGGGGUCAGGAACCAGUGCGAACCAGGUGCUGGGGCCACAUGCUGGGA